AUGAACGCUCUUUUAAAAAGUUUCUUUAAUGCCACUAUUUCAUUAAAAGAGUUUCUUGAGGCAUUUGCUUCGGCAAUAGAGGCUAGAAAAGAAGCCGAAGAUUAUGCUGCAUACAAAGAGAAUAAUUAUAAAUGCAUCUUAAUGAGUGAAACAGAGAAACAAUAUAAAGUAGUUAGCAAUUCUCUUCCAGUACAGCAGCAAGAUUGCAUUACGUUCGUUCAAUAUAAUGAAGAAAACGAAUGCUUUAAAUGCACCUGCAAUCAAAUGAAUUUUGUCGGAAUACCUUGCAGACACAUUAUUCCAACGUCACUUUUUCUGAAUAGGUGGUGCAAGGACCCCAACAAAAAUACUCUGGUUCAACAUUACACGUCCUUUUAUAAUAGCAGGUGUGCUUCGGCGGCUAGAGGAGAAAAUUCUCAGGCAGAAGUUGAUUCACAAAAUAAUCAAGAGUUAUCAACUAUUCGUUUUGAAUCAGACAUUAAGAAAAAUUGA